AUGCCACCUGAGACUGCUCCACAACCAGAAUAUGAAAUAUCUUCAAGGCCUGCUCCUCUUGAGCCUACUCGGCGAUCUACCAGAGAACGAAAUACUCCUAAUUGCCUCCAACAGCAGCUUAAGGAUUCUUUUUACAUGAAAGAUCUUGGUACUCUAACAUAUUUCUUGGGGUUGGAAGUUCAUUAUAAUUCUUUAGGUAUGUUCUUAAACCAGCACAAAUAUACUCAGGAUUUGAUUGCUUUGGCUGGUCUUCAAGAAUCUUCAUGUGUUGAUACUCCAUUGGAAUUGAAUGUAAAGUAUCGUUGCGAUGAAGGGAAUUUUCUUCCUGACCCAACUUUGUUUCGACAAUUAGUUGGGAGCCUAAAUUAUCUUACUAUUACUCGGCCUGAUAUCUCUUUUGCAGUUCAACAACUUAAUGCAUUUGGUGAUUCUCAUUGGGAUGGAUAUCCUGAUACUCGUCGCUCCAUCACGGGAUGGCGCAUGUUUCUCGGAGAUUCUUUGAUAUCUUGGAAGAGCAAGAAGCAAGAUCGUAUUUCAAAAUCUUCAACGGAGUCUGAAUAUCGAGCAAUGUCGACUGCUUGCUUCGAAAUUAUUUGGCUUCGUGGUUUACUGGCAGAAAUUGGAUUUCCUCAAUCUAAUCCUACUCCUCUCCAUGCUGAUAACACAAGUGCCAUUCAAAUUGCAACCAAUCCAGUUUAUCACUAA